AUGAAUUGGCGGAUAGUUUGUGGUCGCAAUCGGUUUGAGUUAGAUAAGGUGGCGGUUAUGGAAGUGGAGGUUGUACCUCCUAAAGGUCGGGUAUUGUUGGUUUCGGGGUCGGUGGUUGGUCAUUACUUGCGCCGAGAUAGGUCUGUCUUGUUUUUUGAGAGUCAAGUUGUGCCUUUGGCGGUGGAUACUAGUGGGACGCGGAUUGAGUAUUCGGUUUUGUUUCCAGAGAAGUUACCUCCUUCUUAUAGUGGGGUGAAUAUUGCAGUGGUUUAUACACUGAAUCUAACUAUGCAUACUAAGGAGGAGACUUUGCACAAGUCGUUUUUGUUGCAGCUAACUAGUGAUGCUCGGGUGGUUAUUGCUGACCAGCUGGAUAAGAUUGUUUUGUCUGGGAAGUACAUUUCGGUGCAAUGUGAAGAGUUGGUUUGGCGUGGUGGUGUUGACAGUACAGUUGACAGUACAGUUAGCCAGGAGACAGUCUCUACUCAAGAUGUGAGUCGGGCUAGGAGUAGUGAAAAUGGGCCGUAUAUGCAUAGGGAGGUAGUGGAGUACUUGCGGGAGACGGCAACUAGUCCGGUGGCUUGGAUGGCACCUAGUGAGAAGAAUGGGUUGGAAGGUGCUUUAGAACGAGCCCAGGCCAUGAAUGUUUAUGAAAAGGCCCGGGAGUUGUCGGUGGCUCAGCAGGAAGGACAUGCCCAUCCAUUGCAUCUUUAUUGGGCUUUACGUGGCCAGUCUACUCCUGAAAAGGUCCGAACGACCUCGUAUAGUAUUAAAAAGGACGGAGUAACAGUAGCAACAUUCUACCUGGUAUUAACUCCAGAAACAUUACCGCAUUGGAUUAUUUCUUUAUCUAUCAAGUUGCUUAAACCGGCUAAGCUCUUGAAAAUCGGACUUUUCCAAGUUGAGAGUACUGAAAACCAAACUGAGAAAACUCCCUUCUAUCUAGAAGAGAAGAGUAUUGUUAACUGUUUAUCCCAUGUCUGUCCCAUUCCCUUUAAUGCCUCCACUAAUCCUACCAUCAUAACUCCAUACUUCAAAACCGAAAUCGAGCUAAAGGUUGAAAUAGACUCCUCGGUUGUUAUUAUUAAGAUCUCCUAA